GCAGGCGCGUCACACGCUCGUGGGGGGAAAUCAAGAGGGCGAAAGCGGCUCGUGGACACAAUGGAUUUGCGAAGGAAAGGGCUUUGCGUUGAUUAAAGGACGGAGUCUUCGAUGAACACGAGACACAAGGAAGAGGAGAAGCAGAAGGCUAUGCUGUUUCUGCUUGUCUUUACUGCUGUUUGAUUAACCAUGAUGAAGACUGAACCCCCAUCUGCAGCCAGCGGCAGCACCAACACCACCCUCGUAGCAAGAAGCGCAUCUCCGCACAGGAACGCGUAUGAGGCUGGGAUUCAAUCUCUCAAGCCAGUCACUGCUAAUGGAGAGGAUGGAAAACCCCGAAUACUGGACCGGGGCCGCAGGUACGGCUCCAAUGUGCACCGCAUCAAGAAUAUGUUCAUGCAGAUGGGUUCUCCGGGGGAUGAAGAUGAUCCGUCAAAGCCCAAAGACCUAGACCAGGGGGUCCGACUGUCCCUCCCCAGAGCAAGCAGUCUGAAUGAGAAUGUGGAUCACAGUGCGCUGCUUAAACUCGGCGGGACUGUUUCAGAGCGGGUCAGCCGAUUUGAUGGGAAGACUGAAGGUAGCAGCUCCAGAGGAUCAACCGCUGGAUACUCCAAGCUGCAGGAGACGCGAAAGAUAUUUGAACAGCGCCACCUGCAGGAGAAACAGGCGGCCACUAAUCGAAUCCUGUUAAAGAAAGAGCGAGCGUCAGGGUUCCAGGACAGCCGUCUGGACGUGGUAGUUCGCUUCAAUGGAAGCACAGAGUCAUUGGACCGGCUGGAUGCAGGGGACUGUCCCGCAGAUGCAGUGUCCCCUACUGUCAGCCAGCUGAGUGCAGUGUUUGAGCGAGCAGAUCAGCGCAACAGCCUUCCACGACCGUCCUCAACUUCCCCAUUGCCUUCUCAUGGGGCAGCCUCUACCUCAACCAAGGUGGAAGGAAUCAGUUCCAAGACUGCCACCAAAAAGGCACGAAGCAUCCCUCCGACAGAGAAUAACGAGGCGAAAGACCAAGCAGGUGCUCCUGGAAGUCCGAAAAGCAGAACAAGCAGCCAACCUGAUGCAUCCAAUAGCAAACCAUCCGAGGAUACAGCUUCUGGCAAUACGGAUAAUAUAUCCAGGUCAGAGGAGAUCCUGAAUUCAUCAGGCUGUGACUCCAAGCAAGGGGAGAAUUCAGAACCAGGCUCUCCAGAUCCAGGCAGCAGGCUGGUACAAGCGGAUGUCCACGCCUCUCUGGAAAACGGGGAGGCCACAAGCAGCCAUGAUCCCUCAGAACAAAAGGAGGAAACUGAAGAGGCCUGUGCUGAGGAGGAAUCCCACCGAGAGGAUAUCUCUGAGGCAGACCUGGUGGAUAUCAGCGCGUACAGCGGGAUCGGGGAGGACUCCGGAGGCAGUCAGCUGGAUGACGAUGAGGAAGCUGAGGAUGAUGAUGCUUACGAACCUGAAUCCAGCUGUUCAGAAAUCCCAGGACUGCCUGCGGAAGAUGAACCUCCACCCAGCAGGAAGAUUCGCUUCAGUGUAAACCCCAUCAAGGUUUUCACCACAUACUCCAACGAGGACUAUGACAGACGCAAUGACGAGGUGGACCCCAUGGCUGCUUCAGCCGAGUAUGAGCUGGAGAAGAGGGUGGAGAGACUGGAUCUGUUCCCAGUGGAGCUGGAGAAAGAUAAAGACGGAUUGGGAAUCAGCAUCAUUGGGAUGGGUGCCGGCGCAGACAUGGGGCUGGAAAAACUGGGAAUCUUCGUAAAGACGGUGACUGAGGGAGGAGCUGCACACCGAGAUGGAAGGAUCCAGGUGAAUGAUUUGAUCGUGGAGGUGGACGGGACCAGUCUGGUGGGUGUGACGCAGAAUUUCGCUGCAUCAGUCCUCAGGAACACCAGCGGCACUGUCAAGUUUGUGAUUGGCCGAGAGAAGCCGGGGGAACAGAGUGAAGUGGCCCAGCUGAUCCAGCAGACUCUGGAGCAAGAGAGAUGGCAGAGAGAGAUGAUGGAGCAGCGCUACAACCCCUACAUGGAGGAGGAUGAAGAGACGGGUGAAUGUGCCACCGAUGAAGAGGAAGAGAUGAGCCCCAUGUUUCCUAAUGCCAUUGAGGUGUUUGAUCUGGCAGAGAAUGAAGACAUGCUCUCUCCUGUGGAGAUGGACCCAGAGAAACUGGCUCACAAGUUUAAGGAGCUCCAGAUCAAACAUGCUGUGACUCAGGCUGAGAUCCAACAGCUCAAGAGGAAGCUGGCUCACGCCGAACAGGAUAAGCUGCGCUGGAGGAUGGAGAGGGCUCAGCUGGAGCAGACGGUGAGGGAGAAUAAGGAGCGCAUGGAGAAGUUGGAGGGUUAUUGGAUGGAGGCUCAGAGCUUAUGCCAGGCAGUUGAUGAGCACCUGAAGGAGACGCAGACCCAGUACCAGGCACUGGAGCGCAAGUACAGCAAAGCCAAACGCCUCAUCAAAGAGUACCAGCAAAAGGAGAUUGAGUAUUUAAAGAAGGAGACAGCACAGCGCAGAGCACAAGAGGAGACUGAGGCCAGCCACAAGGUGGAGACAAAAAACCUCCAGGAGAAGAUUACUGACUUGGAGUCAAAGGUUGGCGCUCUGAAGAGUCUGGAGCCUUCGUAAGCCUUCCGCUGUGCGAAAUAAUGGAGAUCUGACGACAGAAACGCCUUGAACUUCACCCCACUCUUCCCUCCAGCCACAUUCCCCCUCCAUGACCUGAAGAACUCCAGGACACACGAGGGGAUGUUCCCGGGGACAGAGACGGGACAAAACAAACACUGUACCAGACGCCCGAGGGACGUCUAGCCAUCAGGAGGCCCUUUUUUAUAGUCAUUUAGUCAUUUUCUCCUUGUUUCUUUAUAAGCGCCCUUACAGGUAUUCUAAACCUCUCUGCAGGAAUGUACAAACCUCUUCAUUCAUUACACGCUUGCAGGAGAAGAAAGAACAGAUGAAAUGGAGAGGCAGUGACUGACAAGAGGACUGUUUGUAUAUAUUCUGGCAUAUAUUUAAAUAUUAAAACUGCUUAAGCAAUGUGCUGGGGUGGGGGGGUGAAGGGGUAAGGGCUUUACUUUUCACAUCCAGGCAAAUAAUACAGUGAAAAUGGUCCAUUUUGUGCAUGGCGAAGGAGAGGGGAUUUUUUCUUAGCUUAAGGACGGCAUUGGAAAACAGGGUGGGGAACGUGUAAUCUUGACGUUUAGAGUUAGCAAUCAGGGGUUUCUCAUGUUUGCGUUCUGUGUAGGGUAAUGGAAAUGUAGGAUGAUGGGGCUUAUGGGUAAAGAAACAUCACCAGUUCAGUGCUUGUGGUUAGUCGAUGCUCGUGUGCCUAGGUCAACCCUGUUACUCUGUAAGGUGACAGAGUAAGACUUGUGAAUCAAUCAGAAAUAUGGCCUUGUUUUAUUGCUUCCCAAACCCUUUCGCCAGCCCUCUCUGUUUAAGCAGUGUGUUUACUCCAAUGCAUCGCUCUCCGGGGACCACGCUAAGUGCACUUGGACUGCGCUACAGAGAGUCCUGGAGAAUGCUAACGUUUUAUGGCUUUCUUUGUCCUCAGUCCUGCUGGACGUGGAUUGAUUCAGUAUUAUCAGUCGUAUACAAGGAUGUGGAAUCUCCUUCUAGUUGUGUUGUGGUGAUGGAAAGCAACAUGGUCUCAAGGGAAAGUCUAACUGUUUUACAUUUUGGCAAAUUUAUGGCAAUUUAAUUUAUAUGAAUUUGUACAUUCGUCAUGUUUCAAUAUGAACUUCUAGUUUUUAAGUUAGUAUGAAAUUGCCAUCUUUAAGAUAGUUAGGCUUUCUUGUGAAAUCGGGUUGUUUUUGUGUUUGUUUGUUUGUUUUUUUUGUCUUAAAUGUUUUUACAUUUUUAAAAAAUCGUAUUCCUGGGAAAACUGGAGUCUUAACAGCAAGUGAAUGAGUUUAAGGCUUUAAUUAUUAUCCGUUUUGUCAAAUCAAAUCCACAGAAAUAAGAAUUUUUGAAGUAAAAAUGUCAUGAAAACGUUUUUGCUUGAAGUAUUUAAGGGUCUUGUUCCACAGAACAUGUUCCCAUGUCAGAAAAGUAUUGUUUUCAACCAUUGCCUUUGGCUUAUUUAGGUGCUUUGUCUCUCAUUUCAAAUGGAAAAAUCGUGUGAACAGCACUUGAAAAAUCGUUUUUCAAAUUUACUUUCUUCGACGUCCCGUAAAUUAACCAAAAAGAGAAUUAUUUGUUUUUUUUAAAUGCUGGAAAACUCCCAUUCACAGCGCAGUAUUGAAAAUUCUUCCAUAUUUCUUCUGAAAGUAUUUACUUUUUCAGGUUUUACAAUCUUUAAUCAUCAUUUCUUUAAUUUUUUGUAUUAAUUUACAUUGGUUGAUAAUGUAAAGCAGCAAAGUGAUGCAGCGGUCACACUUUGAGCUUGUGAAAUUCUGCUCUACAGUGAGCAAUUGCUCCAUAUUUAAAAUAUCUGUCCAGAAAGGUCAUGUUCUGAUUUUUGAUUAGUCUCAUGCACUCACGCGAUGUGGUUUCACAGGUCAGAGUUUACCAAGCUUGAACUUUGCAAUGCAGCAAACUGCAAAACUUGUCGUACGAGCUUGCGUUUCCAGGUCUGCUGCAUUCGCUUGCGUAUGAAGUCUAUGAGUUGAAAAGUCACCACGGCUUAACAGCAGCAGUUUUGUGGAAUGAUAUGUUCAAGCAACACACUCUAGGAGUCCUAAAAUCAUAAUUUGUGGCAUAAUUUAUACGUCAGUCAUCUUAAGCUGCAAUUAGACGGCAUUUAUCUGACUUUCGCAGUCACAGUUAACUAAAAUCAUUUUUCUGUCAGAUGAGAAACUUUAUUUUUUGGCUCCAAUAAUUAUGGGACUAUUAUCUCAAUUUUAGUAAUUUCUUGGCUGUUUAACCCUGAUAGCACAUCAGUGUUCUCUAGCAACCAAGUACAACUUGACUGAAAGGAUACCGCAAUUAUAUAUUUAUGUAUAUAGUUCUUAAAAACAAACCCAUUUUUGAGGGAUUUUUGGUUUUUAUUUGCACAAUGUGAGAGAAACCUUGUGUUGCGUCUAAACGGCAUAACAUCGACGUUAACAAUGCUAAUCGAUUUGGUGUUGAAAACAUUGACAUUUUUUGACAUCCACACAUUGAUGCCCUUUUGACCACCAAAAUAUCAACACACAACGUGUUGCAUAAGAAAUGUUUCUUAUCUGAAAGAGUCAAUUUCAAAUUUACAAUUGAUUUUGUAUUCUUACAAUGCAUAUAAACUACCUUGAUGUCAAAAUGGCGUCUAAUAUUGGCGUCAAAGACAGGACAGUCCUGUAAAGUAUUUUUGAUGUGUUUUUGAUGCUUUUGAUGCUGAAUGUGUGUGAGAUGUCAAUUUGAUGUCAAAACAACAUCUAACAAUAGUCAAAAACGCAACAAAAAUCUCAUUUUAGAAGUCAAUUCGAUGUUGUUUUUACAUCAAUUCAUGUAAGCUACAUAAAAUUGACGUAUCCCUACAAUAAACGUAAACUAUAUUGAUGUCAAAACAGCAUCUAAUUGACAUCUAAAAUUAGCGUCAAAUCAGGACAGUCUUGUAAAUGAUUUUUGAUGUAUUUUUGAUGCUAGUAUCAGAUGUCAAAACGACAUUUAACACUAGCGUCAAAAAACAGAUAAAAAAUCUAAUUUCAGACAUCAACUAGAUGAUGUUUUUACAUCAAUGCAUGUAAACUAUGUCGAAUUGACAUCUAAAAUUUGCGUCAAACCAGGACAGUCCUGUAAAUGUUUUUUUUGAUGUUUUUGACGCUAGUGGUAGAUGUCAAUUUGAUGUUGUUUUGACAUUAAACUGAUUAACAUGUUUUUGAUGUUGUUGAUAUUGCACUAGUAUAGAAGGACAUUCGGAAAGAUAUGCGAACAAAAUGGUCGUAUUUACAUCAAACUAACAUCUAAAAUUAGCGUCAAAUCAGGAGAGUCUAGUAAAUAGUUUUUGAUGCAUUUUAGACUCUAGUGUUUGAUGUCAAUUUGAUAUCAAAAUAGUUAAUUGACAUUGAAUCGAUAAGCAUAUUUUAAAAAUGUUUUUGAUGUCAUUGAUGCUAGUCAAACAUGAAUUUGAUGUCAAAACGACAUCUAACACUAGCAUCAAAAACACAUCAAAAUCUAAAUUUAGACGUCAAUUUUAUGUUGUUUUGGCAUCAAUGCAUGUAAGCAACAUCAAAUUGGCGCCAAUUGAAUUGACUAGCAUGUUUUUGAAGUGUUUUUGAUGUCGCUAAUAUUGUAUGAAUGAUAUACGAACAAAAUUGUCACAUUUACUAUUUAUUUUGUAUCCCUACAAUGCAUGUAAACUACAAUAAUGUCAAAACAACAGCAAAUUGACGUCUAAAAUUAGCGUCAAAUCAGCAGUCUUGUAAAUGAUUUUUGAUGCAUUUCUGACUCUAGUGUUUGUCAAUUUGGUGUCGUUUUGAUGUCAAUGUAGUUAAUUGACAUUAAACCAAUUAGCAUAUUUUUAAAAUGUUUUUCAUGUUAUUGACUGGUAUAGAAGACUGGACUGGUAUAUUCGGAAAGAUAUACGAACAAAAUGACCAUAUUUACAAUGGAUUUUGUAUCCCUACAAUGCAUAUGAACUACAUUGAUGAUGAAACAACAUCAAAUUGACGUCUAAUGUUGGCGUCAAAAACAGGACAGUACUGUAAAUGAUUUUUGAUGUGUUUUUGAUGCUAGUUUCAAUUUGAUGUCAUUUUGACAUAAAGGUAAUUAAUCGACAUUAAACCGAUUAGCAAAUUUUUGAAAGAGUUUUUGAUGUCGUUGACUGCGUAGAAGGACAUUCGCAAAGAUAUCCGAACAAAAUGGCCAUAACUGCAGUGCAUUUGAGCCUCUGUUUGCUGAAAUAUAUAUAUUUGUAAAGAGCUGACUAAUACACAACCACCAAGUAUGGAUGUCCAGGCACAAGAGAAAACUGAAGUGGAUUUGUCAUGAGUCGCUGUAGAGAGCAAAGAAAUGAGUUAUGGUGGAAACGGACACUUUGAAUCUUAGCUAUAAACGCUUUUAAAUUUCACACUUUAGCUUAGCUUAGCUUAGCUGCUGCCUUUAAUGAAAUGAAUUUGCUUCCAUGUACAGGAAAGAGCUUUGUGUUUCUCUCCUCGCUUGUUGGUGUAAUAGUCAAUUCCUCUUUAUUUUUGGUGUCUAAUGUUGCCGUUAAGCGAGCUGUUUAACAGAAAUGCAUUGAGGGGAAAAAAAGCCUACAGUAUGCGAAGACUUGAAGUUUGAUUGUAAUUGCCAUAGUUUUACAUUAGCGCAUUUGUCUGACACCUAACAUAAAGCAGGAAUGCCAUUGAUUUUAUAGUUGUUUUACAAACUCUUCGCCAUUUCCUCUGUAUUAUUUUAGUCCCCUAUUUUUUAACCCCUGCCAUGUAAAUUGCUACCACAUGAUCCAGAGGAAGAUGUUCUCCAUUUUCAAAUAAGCGUCAUGUUCAAUAAUUGCAUAAGUACUGUCAUAAUAAAUGCAGAAAUGUGCUGAGCAAA